CCCCGAUUGGGAUGGCAGAGAAAGCUGGGGCCAUGACAGCUACAGUGGAAGUCACAAACGGAAGAGGAGAUCUCACAGUAGUACACAAGAAAACAGGCAUUGUAAACCACAUCAUCAGUUUAAAGACUCUGAUUGAUGUUCCAUUGGGGCUGUUUACCAGAUUGCUUUCUAAAUUAGCCAGCUGGGGUUACUUUAAAAAAACAGUAUGUAAUUUUUUUCCUUCUCCGUGCUAAACAGAGUUAUUCUGUCAAAGAGCUUGUUUGUAGUUCCUGUACAAUAAUCAUGCUUUAUUAAACAGUUAUGUGAGGGGUAAGGUUUAUGGCAAGAUUGAAUGACCAGACCUUAGUAAUGAACAAUACACAAUACGAAUUGUCUGUACCUCACUAUUACAGUAUGCAAAGUACAAAAUACUAUUUAAGGCUUAUCAUCUUAAAACUAAUUAUUCAUAGUUCUAGUAUAUAUUAUAUAUGUGUAAAGAUUGAUUUGAGGGAUUUGUAUUCAUCAUUAUAAAAAAACAUAAUUCAUAAUUAUAAAAAAAUCAUAAUUAUAAAAAAACAAGUCAGUUUGAUUAACCACUAAGCCAGCACUGCCAUUUUUGACAUUGACACCGGACAUUGUGGUGGUUAUUCAUCCUAAUCCAGAAUAUUCAUUAACUGUAAAAAAAAUGAAAGCUAAACAUUUUAUAAAUAUUUUAAUAAAAUUACUGGGAAAUUGAAGGAACAAAGAAUAAAGGAGCAACAGGUUGGAAACUAUUGCCCUUUACUGAAUUACUUCUCACUGUCUGUUCCUAAAGGGUCUUUGUGUACAAAUCUUUGCCUGUGAAAGUAGAUUCUGAGAAGAGGCAUUUUCAAGUUAAAGGGUAUGAAAUCUCACAAGGUUCUUGUUGCAUAUUCUCUUUUCUUUUUCUAGAAUGCUUAUAACAUGCUCCUUCAUGCUGUCUCUAGUUUUGUCUGUUUUAAAUUGUUUUCUUAAUCUGAAUUUCUAAAUUUCUAGUGAAUUUGUUGUGAAGAAUUUUUACAUCAGUUGUUUUCUGUUAAAGUAUGUUUCUUACUGAUUUAUAAGACUUUAUUAUGUAUUAAUUAUUUUAGCCCUUUGUUACAUGCAUUAUAAAACCUUUUCCCCCUGACUUAACUUUUGGCAGUAGCCUGUGAGUUGGUCUCUGUCUUUCAGGAGACUUAAUUAAUCUAUUGUCUCAAAUACUGGAAAGACCAACAUAGCUGUAAAUAACCUUUAUAUAUUUGUCUCCCCGUAACACAGAAUACCAAGUUUUAAACCUUUGAUAAAUUUCAUGACUGGAAAUCACCUAGGAGGUAUGCAGACUAAGAUUCAGACUCUGUGGCCUGGGUCCUCAUUUACAAACUUUGUAUUCAGUAUUAGUGCUACUAGGCCUUCCUUUCACAAACACCUAUAGUAUGGUGUGGGGGGGCUUCUAAUGACAUUCUCCUGGGUGAAAAUUGGCUCUUGAUACAGUCAUCUACUUGCUGUCUAACUGUAGAUACAUGCAUCCUAAGCCUCUGCCUGGUGGUGUUGUCUGUGUGUUAGAUGGCACUCUACUGUUCUCCUGGAAUUUCUUCUGCUGUCUAUUUUGUCCAAUCCUGACUUUCCUUUAAGAUGCUUAUCUGUCUUUGUCAUGAAUUCUUCCCUAAUCAUUUUAAUCUAACUGAAUUCUUUGCCUUCCCUGAGUCUAAGUGAUCAUUUGCACCUUUUCAACUUAUUUUUCAUUUGUCUAUUUUGAUUUUGAUUUUUCUUUCUCUUUGUGAGUAAUCUUAAGUUGUUCAUUUGUUGGCAGAGACCUUGCCUUAUAUAAUUUUAUUUUAUCUCCCACAGGACCUGUGUGGAAAUAAAAACAAAUUUCAGUGCACUCAACAGUUUGGGCUGUUUUGAAAAGUUACAAUGAAAUAUUCACUGGGCAUUCAGUGGAUAUUUUUAAAAGAUGAAAUCUGUUAUUCUGUCUACCCUGUCUACAGCUUAUAUAAUUCUGUGGACUUUAAUCUUUAACCUUUGGUCUUUGGUUGUGAUAAACUGGAAAGGUCCUUCUCAUGCUAGUUCUACUCAUGGUAGUACAUCACCACUUCCAUUUUUUAUCAUUGAUAGAGUGUCAGCAGGGCCAGUUUCACAUAGUAUUCCAGUUAAAGAUUAUCAGUCUAGUUUUUUUUAAGGUAGACUUUGGAUGUGGUGGAGGCGGGUGUGAUACCUUAUAAAAUUAAGUAGGAAGCCCUUAAAGUAUGACAUCUAGUUUGUUGUGUUUCAUCCAGAUUUCUGUUUUAGACCAAUUGACUCAGGCCUAGAGUUUUAUCUGAAUAGCCUGAGUUGUUUCUCCAGAGGUUAGGAAGAACUUGAGAAUGAUGCUAGGCAAUAAGAAAACCCAGCCUGAAUUAGAUGCCAGUCCUGUUGAGUAGUUGUCCUAGGGAUGUUUCUCUCUGUUUCUGCUUAAACCAGCACUUGGGAAGGAAAUGACAGCAUAUUCUGGGGAGUAUAAAGGGGUUGGUGGGGGCAGCUUCAGCAACAUCUGUCACUCCAUUGCUUGUCAGGAUUAUUUAGCUGAUUUGUCUGACUGGGCAGGUGUCCCCUCUCUCCCUCAGUGCUCCAUGUGCAUCCCUCUUGAAGCUUCGCACUCUGUUGAAGAGGACACUCAUCCCAGUCACUACUUAGAAGCAAGAUGCUUGAAUGAAAGAGAUUAUCGGGAUCGAAGAUACAUUGAUGAGUACAGAAAUGAUUACUGCGAAGGAUAUGUUCCCAGACAUUAUCAUAGAGACAUUGAAAGCUCUUACCGGAUCCACUGCAGUAAAUCCUCAGUACGAAGCAGGAGAAGCAGCCCUAAAAGGAAGCGUAAUAGACACUGUACAAGUCAUCAGUCACAUUCGAAGAGCCACCGAAGGAAAAGAUCCAGGAGUAUAGAGGAUGAUGAGGAGGGUCACCUGAUCUGUCAAAGUGGAGACGUUCUAAGAGCAAGAUAUGAAAUCGUGGACACUUUAGGUGAAGGGGCCUUUGGCAAAGUUGUAGAGUGCAUUGACCAUGGCAUGGAUGGCUUACAUGUAGCAGUGAAAAUUGUAAAAAAUGUAGGCCGUUACCGGGAGGCAGCUCGCUCUGAAAUCCAAGUGUUGGAGCACUUGAACAGCACUGACCCCAACAGUGUCUUCCGAUGUGUCCAGAUGCUGGAAUGGUUUGAUCAUCAUGGUCAUGUUUGUAUUGUGUUUGAACUGCUGGGACUUAGUACCUAUGAUUUUAUUAAAGAAAAUAGCUUUCUGCCAUUUCAAAUUGACCACAUCAGGCAAAUGGCUUAUCAGAUCUGCCAAUCUAUAAAUUUUUUACAUCAUAAUAAAUUAACUCAUACGGAUCUAAAACCUGAAAAUAUUUUAUUUGUGAAGUCUGACUAUGUAGUCAAAUACAAUUCUAAAAUGAAACGAGAUGAACGCACACUGAAAAACACAGAUAUCAAAGUUGUUGACUUUGGAAGUGCAACAUAUGAUGACGAACAUCAUAGUACCUUGGUGUCCACACGGCACUACAGAGCUCCAGAGGUCAUUUUGGCUUUAGGUUGGGCUCAGCCUUGUGAUGUUUGGAGCAUAGGCUGCAUUCUUAUUGAGUAUUACCUUGGGUUUACAGUCUUUCAGACUCAUGAUAGUAAGGAGCACCUGGCAAUGAUGGAGCGGAUAUUAGGACCCAUCCCAGUGCACAUGAUCCAAAAGACAAGGAAGCGCAAAUAUUUCCACCAUAACCAGCUAGAUUGGGAUGAGCAUAGCUCAGCUGGGAGAUAUGUUAGGAGACGCUGCAAGCCAUUGAAGGAAUUUAUGCUGUGUCACGAUGAAGAGCAUGAAAAGCUGUUUGACCUGGUUCGAAAAAUGUUGGAGUAUGACCCAACGAAGAGGAUUACCUUGGAUGAAGCAUUGCAGCACCCUUUCUUUGACUUAUUAAAAAGGAAAUGAAUGGGAAUCAGUGGUCUUCCUAUAUACUUCUCUAGAAGCAAUUACUUUAAGACUGUGUCAGUCAACUAAACAUUCUAAUAUUUUUGUAAACAUUAAAUUAUUUUGUACAGUUAAGUGUAAAUACUGUAUGUUUUGUAUCAAUAGCAUAGCUACCUUGUUAAGUAUAGUGUUGAUAAUGAAUGCAAUAUGAGUUAAAAUGAAUUUUCCCUUUUGAUGUUAAUUGCCAUUUUUAAAGGCCUUUGGAAUACCCUUUGUGUCCAGUGAUUAAAGUGAUUGGUCUUGUCUUUUGUACAUGAAGGUUGACUCUGAAGUGAUUUUUUUUUUUCUUGAGUAAAAGGAAAUCUUGA